GUCACAAUCAUUUUAAUUUUUAAGUGAAAUCCAUUCAGUUCCGAUUCCUAUCAUGUAAUGGUUUAUAAGUAAUUUUACUUAAUUAUUUCGUUUAACAUAACAUACAAUUAUAGUUACCGGAGAGUAAAUCAAAGUCUCCUAGGAAAUUUGUAAUUUGGAAACCAUGUCUCAAAACAUUAAAAUUCUUCCCGGAGCGACUGUAUGCGAGGAUUGCACAUUGGAAGGAGAUAUAACUAUUGGCGGUGGAACUGUUAUUCACCCAAGAGUUACCAUAAUUGCAGAAGGAGGUCCAAUUAUUAUAGCCGAAUAUUGCAUUAUAGAAGAAUAUGCAACUAUUAUACACAAGAAAGCUGAGAAAGCUGAAACACAGGAAACUCCUCCAAAACCCCUGUUUAUUGGAGCACACAAUGUCUUUGAAGUUGCAUGCAAACUAGAAUCUUCUUUUGGCCACAUAGGAGAAAGUAAUGUUUUUGAAUGUCGAUCAUUUGUUGGUGUUGAUGUGAAAAUCGGCAGUGGCUGCGUUAUUGGUGCCGCUUGUCAACUCACAGUCCCUCAGACACUGGCAGAUAAUACUGUCAUAUGGGGUUCAGAGCACCAUAACAGAGAAGCUUUAGAAAAACAACCCACACAGCUAUUACAACUUGACUUUCUCAGCAAAGUCAUGCCUAAUUACCAUCGUUUAAGGAAACCUAAUAUGCACAAGAGAUUACCAUCCCGACCAUCUCAGGACACUGCAAAAUGAUAUAGAAUAAGAUUCUAUCCAUUGUCUGAAAGUUAUUAUGUUGUACUAUAUAAUUAACUUAGUAUUAUAAAAGAAAUAAGUCUUUAUCAGUCAUAUUUUAACAUUAACAGUUUUUAGUUCUUAAACAAACAAACACAUUUCUUAUUUAAAAGUGAACUAGUAAUUGAUACAUUUUUUUAUUGCUUAUAGUUUGUAUGUACAAGAAAUUAUUACAUACCUCUUCACUAUUUAUUAUUAAAAAUGUUGCUUGACAAUUCAGCUUUAAUAAUCAUUAACCACUAAAAGUGCAUUUAUCAAAAAUUUAUUAUUUUUUUUAAUCAAACUUUCAUCUAUAUAUUAAGUUUCUAAAAUAUAAUCUGCAAAAAUAAAUAUAAAUUAUCAAA